AUGGAAGAAGAUCGAAUGGGUAUGCGAAUCCAGUCCGAAACCAUCGAAAUCGAAAAAGAUGAGAAGGGUCUCGUCGGCAUAUCGAUAGGUGACACUGGGAGUCGAACUGCGAUGCACAGCGGAGGUUCGUCCUCCGGCACGGUCUCCCAAGCUGAGAAGAAGUUCGACACAUCCGACAUUCCGACUUCUCGGAAUCGGAAGCCUAGCUAA